CGCGGGGCCGGGAAGCGACGGAACGCAGAGGCCAAGCCAAAAUGGCGUCGGAGGCACAUUCGGAGCCUUCCAAGGCCGGGGAGCUGCCGUUGCCAGGAUACGGGGCCUGGUCCCCGAACGAGCUGCAGGCCAAGCUGGCCGAGAUUGGGGCUCCGACGCAGGGUAGCCGUGAGGAGUUGGUGGAGCGGCUGCAGACUUACACGCUUCAGACAGGGAUAGUGCUCAACAGGCCCGGAUUGCGGGGAGAUGAUGGAGAUAAGCCAACCCCGCCUCCCAUGCCAGGACAGCACCCUGGCAUGUCUAUGCCGCCACCUCCAAUGGGCAUGCCACCAAUGCAGCCGCCACCGCCUCCGCCUCCCCCUGGCAUGGGGCUCAACUUCCCGAUGGGCGUAGGGCCCCCUCCGCCGCCCCCCGGCCUGGGCCCACCCCUCCGCAUGCAGGCUGUGGAUCCCUCUGCAUUGCCUGAGGAGGAGCGUCUGAAGCUGGCCCAGCAGCAGGCUGCCAUGUUGAUACAGCAGGAAGAGAGAGUCAAGCAGGCUGCUGCCCUUAUGGAAAAAGAACGCCAGCAGGAGAUGUCCAAGAUGUCCCCUUCAGUACCUAGGUCUACUCCAGACAUGGGACCAAGACCUCAGGGGCUCCCUAGAGGAACCCCUCCUGUGAGCUCACCUGUUGGACCCCCGGGCCCGAGACCCCGCGGCCCACCACCUCCUCCUGGAGAAGACAGUCGUGAGGUUGACGACUCUGGAGUAGGCCCCAAAAUUCCUCAAGCCCUGGAGAAGAUUCUUCAGCUCAAGGAGAUCCGUCAGGAGGAACUCACAGCUGUGCCCAGUGCCACAGAUGAUGACAUGGAGACCGACUUGAGAGCAGCAGCAGGUAUCUCUGCAUCGGAUGCUGAGGAUGAUGCUUUGGCUCUCUCAAAGAAGGAGAAAAACCGCAAGCGGCGGAACCGGAAGAAGAAGAAGAAGCAGCAAACUGCAUCCCCGAAAGAGACCCCGGCUACCCAGGAUUCCAAGGGGCACAAGGAAGAGUCUGGGAGUGAGGCCACGGUGGAAAUAGAGUACGUCACGGAGGAGCCAGAGAUCUACGACCCCAAUUUCAUUUUCUUCAAGAGGAUUUUUGAGGCAUUCAAGUUGACUGACGAUGUCAAAAAGGACAAGGAGAAGGAGCCAGAGAAGGCUGACAAAGUGGCGAGUUCGGCUGUGCCCAAGAAAAAAGGCUUUGAGGAGGAGCGAAAGGACAGUGACGACAGUUCAGAUGAUGAGCUGGAGAAGAAGCCAGAAGCUCCCAAACUUUCCAAGAAGAAGCUGAGGCGAAUGAACCGCUUUAGCGUGGCAGAGCUCAAACAGCUUGUGGCCCGUCCAGACGUGGUGGAAAUGCACGAUGUGACAGCCCAGGACCCAAAGCUACUAGUCCACUUGAAGGCCACCCGCAAUUCAGUUCCCGUUCCUCGGCACUGGUGUUUCAAGCGCAAAUAUCUGCAAGGCAAACGGGGGAUCGAGAAGCCGCCCUUUGAGUUACCUGAAUUCAUCAAGCGUACGGGGAUCCAGGAGAUGAGGGAAGCCCUGCAGGAAAAGGAAGAACAGAAGACAAUGAAAUCUAAGAUGAGGGAGAAAGUCCGUCCCAAGAUGGGCAAAAUAGACAUAGACUACCAGAAGCUGCAUGAUGCCUUCUUCAAAUGGCAGACAAAGCCAAAGCUGACUAUCCAUGGGGACUUGUACUACGAGGGUAAAGAGUUUGAGACACGGCUGAAGGAGAAGAAGCCGGGUGACCUGUCAGAUGAGUUACGUAUCGCUCUGGGAAUGCCUGUGGGACCGAAUGCACACAAAGUUCCUCCUCCUUGGCUGAUUGCUAUGCAGCGUUAUGGGCCACCACCCUCUUACCCCAACCUCAAGAUUCCUGGUUUGAAUUCCCCCAUCCCAGAAGGAUGCUCAUUCGGGUACCAUGCUGGAGGUUGGGGCAAACCCCCCGUGGAUGAGACUGGGAAGCCUCUCUAUGGAGACGUCUUUGGGACCAAUGCAGCUGAAUUUCAGACCAAAACAGAAGAGGAAGAGAUUGACCGAACACCUUGGGGGGAACUGGAGCCCUCAGAUGAGGAAUCCUCUGAGGAGGAAGAGGACGAAGACAGUGAUGAAGACAAACCAGAUGAGACAGGUUUCAUCACUCCAGCAGACAGUGGUUUGAUCACCCCUGGUGGCUUCUCUUCGGUUCCUGCUGGCAUGGAGACACCUGAGCUUAUUGAACUGCGUAAGAAGAAGAUUGAGGAGGCCAUGGAUGGCAGUGAGACGCCACAGCUCUUCACCGUUCUGCCAGAGAAAAGGACAGCAACAGUUGGUGGAGCCAUGAUGGGUUCUACACACAUCUAUGACAUGGCAACAGUGAUGAGCCGCAAAGGGCCGGUGCCCGAGAUCCAGGGCGUGGAGGUGGCUUUGGCCCCGGAGGAGUUGGAGCUGGAUCCCAUGGCCAUGACGCAGAAGUAUGAGGAGCAUGUGCGGGAGCAGCAAGCGCAGGUGGAGAAGGAGGACUUCAGUGACAUGGUGGCGGAGCAUGCUGCGAAACAAAAGCAAAAGAAACGAAAAGCUCAGCCCCAGGACACCCGAGCGGGAGCCAAGAAGUACAAGGAAUUCAAGUUCUAGCCCAUCUCUGAGAUGUCCCUUCCCUUCCUGUUUGUUUGUUUUUAAACACUCUUUUCCUUCUCCCUCAGCCCCUUACCCUCUGGAUCCCUUUCCAUCCCAACCUAAGUUCCCCCGUUGCCGGGAAGCCCUGUGUCUUGUGCCGUUUCCCUUCAGUCUAGCUUAAGAUGUGGAUUAUUUUGUAAAUAAAGUUGGAGUUGAGCUCUGA